AUGCUCACUCCGAGGAGAGCCGUCGCCGUUGCGGCGUUCCUACUAGUCGUCUUCUACCUGAUAUCCUCCUCCCACGAAUCGCCCACCGUCGCAAAAGCACCCGUCGCAGCCUCGAACCAUGACACGACAGACGCCAAAAAGUCGUCCUCGAGCGCACAGACCUCGACUGAUGGUGACAUCAAGCCCUCGGCCCCCAAGGUUGCGACGCCGAAGCAGAAGCCCAUGAUGGACAUGUCCAAAAUGUCACUGUAUGACAAGCUGGCAUACCAAUACCCCUACGACCCCGAGACGCGCUUCCCGGCCUACAUCUGGCAGACGUGGAAGUGGACGCCCGCCGACGAGGAGUUUAACUUCCGCGAGCAGGAGGCCAGCUGGAGCGAGCAGCACCCCGGCUUCGUCCACGAGGUCAUCACCGACAAGGUCGCGGUCAACCUGCUGCGCCUGCUGUACGCGUCCGUCCCCGAGGUGCUCAAGGCGUACGACGCGCUGCCCCUGGCCGUCCUCAAGGCCGACUUCUUCCGGUACCUGAUCUUGCUCGCGCGCGGCGGCAUCUACUCGGACAUUGACACCUUUGCCAUCCGCUCCGCCCUCGAGUGGAUCCCCGAGCGCAUCCCGCGAGAGAGCGUCGGCCUCGUCAUUGGCAUCGAGGCCGACCCCGACCGGCCCGACUGGAAGGACUGGUACAGCCGCCGCAUUCAGUUUUGCCAGUGGACGAUCCAGUCGAAGCCCGGCCACCCGGUCCUGCGCGAGAUUGUCGUCCGCAUCACGGAGGAGGCUCUGAAGCGCAAGAAGGCGGGCGAGUUGGACAACAUUAUCGACAAGAACGUGGUCGAAUUUACGGGCCCUGCCGUCUGGACGGACACCAUUUUCGACUACUUCAACGACCCCCGGUUCUUUGACAUGAAGAAUUCCAAGGGCCCCAUCGACUGGAAGAACUUUACGGGCAUGGAGACGUCCAAGAAGGUGGGCGACGUCGUGGUGCUUCCCAUCACCAGCUUCAGCCCCGGCGUGCAACAAAUGGGGGCCAAGGACUACGACGACCCCAUGGCUUUUGUCAAGCACGACUUUGAAGGUACCUGGAAGCCGGAAGAGCUCCGCCACAUUGGCGAGCAAAACGAGGAGUCGUAA